AUGAACGGGAGGAUCCUUCACCAAUCGUUCCGAAAUUGGAAAGUCGAAUCUUAUACCACUCCUGUUGAAAUUUGGUAUCUACCCCGGAAUGGAUUGUUGGUUUCUCUCGUGGUCACCAUACCCAAGUGGUUACGGGGACUGACUAGAAAUCAGUUGCGAUCUCGCGCGCAGGUUCGAAUCCUGCUGGUGACGUUUUUUCGCAUUUCCCCAAAAAAACGGAAAUGCGACGCUGAUGCCAGAAUAUCCAAUGAAAUAACCCCCAAAGAGAUGUCACCUGGGUCUCUGCUAUUAUUGCCCGCAUCUCAAGUUACCUUGGAUGUGGGGGAAAAACACCCUUACUUCCCAUCGAUUACAGAACACAUUAUCCCGGGACCCUACCAAAGACAAUACAGAGUUUAA